UACCAUUUCUAUCAGCAUGGGUCUUCGUUGCUGAACCCGUGGACAUUCGGCCGUCACCUUCACAAUCAAAGACAUGCUGUCACGGAUGAUCUUGAGCUUUCUUACUGUUUCUGGCUUUUCGCCUGAGUGGGUUGCCGGAAAUGGAUAGACCUCCAUUGGGAUGCUCAACUUGCAGGGACUCGAAAGUGAAGUAUGAUAUGCAGCAGCCUGCGUGUCUGCGUUGCGUACGUCUCCAGCUAGACUGCCCAGGCUAUCCAGAUCCUUGGGACGUGCUCCACCGAGAGCAGAACUCGCGUGCAGCAUCGCAGGUAGCAGAAAGAGUCAGGAGAAUUAAGGCUGAACGACGAGAUAAACGCAGGGCAGAGAAGAUGGAGUCGCAGCUCCUUCGCACGAUGAUGUAUCGCAUCGAUGUUGAAGCUGAGGUGUACUGUAUCUCUGCGCUUUUUGGUUCCUUUUCGGACAGCUCCGGUAUCAUGGUUUUCGAUGUACUUCCGCAGCUCCACGCUGGCCAUCCCGCCGCUUGCUUUUCCCAUGCGCUCAAGGCUGCUGCACUUGCCAAUGCGGCAAUCGAGAGUCGCCAGCCGGGACUUCUGACAGAUGCGAGGCGAGCAUAUAAAACAUGUAUCUCCAGUCUGCGACAGGCGAUGGAAUCGCCCGGAGAGCUUAGAGACGACUCUGUACUCAUGGCUGUAUUCCUCACGGGCUUCUUUACGUUCACUCUGCGAAGCUUACCCGGAGCCGAAAUGCGUACAAUUGGAGGAUUAUGCCCCCAUGCCGCGGGCGCUCAAUCACUGAUUCAGUACCGAGUACAGACAGGACUCGACAACGAGAUCGAUCGCGAACUGUUCGUCUUUUGCCGGCACAUUGGGCUGAUCGUGUUUUUCAGCUCAGAAAAUCCCAUGGAUCCUGGUUGCUUUCUCACGGAGUUCGGUGCCAAAUGGAAUACGUGGACAUACCAUGCCGCUUUGGAUUCAUCGAUAGGAAGGGCGAUUGUAGUCAUGGGCCAGCUACGUUCAGCCAGUCGUUCUCGCAACGAGAGUUCCGAGAAUGUCGCACGUCUGGGCAGUGAAACAUUCGGCGUGUUUGACGAACUCAUCUGCGCCACUUCAUGCAUUCACUGGAACGGUAGCUGCGCAUCCCGACGGACAGCAUUCAAUGGACUGAUAGGGUUGACUUCCGCGAAGUCAGUAGCUAUCGCAAAGAGUCUAUACCUCACAGUCGGGCUACACCUCCUACAGCUACUCUUCGAGCUGACGACCGGCACUGGAAGAUCCGAAGAAUUGACGAAUCUGUGCAGUGGAGCGGCAGUCUUUCGUUGCAUCAACCAGCUCUGGGAACAAGUCACUGCAGCCAUUGAUAUUGGGGACGGGAGAAGCGAACCUGCAAAUGGACCAAGCAGAGCUCUGAGUGUUUUCUUCUUAACUUGGCCUCUGAUGGCUAUUGCGCACUCUCCAAAGGCCAGCACUCAGAUGAAAUCGAAUGCGAACAGGAUCCUAAGGGGAAGCUGAGGUCAGCCCUCGCCGCUGUUGGACCACAAGUCAUAGACCACUCCAGGUGCGAAAUCGCUCGUUGAACAAAAACUCCUCAGAGUUACGCAAUUCCUGUGUGGCCCAGGCUGGCUCGACAAUCCUCGACUACAAGAACUCCUGUGAUCAUGCUAUCAAGGACAGCGUUUGAACCCGAAUCAGAAAAACGACCCUAUCACGUUCUAGCACCUCAAGGUUGAUCUGAUCUGACUUCAGGAAUCCGCGGCUUCGGUCCAUGGGAUGCACGGAGUGGUCGAACGACGCUCAAAAGUUUUUCUUCACGCUAGCUUCUUUCAGGCUAUAAUCGCGGGUAGCGCAUGAGAUGUUUCCUCCACGGAGGCGGGAGAACUGAAAGCUACCUCUGUCACCGGAUAGAGCACGAGAAAGUUCGCGUUGGGUUUAUAGGCUGUGUCGUUGUGCUGCUAGGCUGCUUUGAGCAGCAAGCAGAUAUUGGAUUAUUGACAUAUUUGAAAGUGAUAUGUUACUCUGCGAAUGUGGUCGUCUGUUGACUCGGCCUGAUGAAACUGGACAGACCCGCACAGGCCAGAAUGUCGACUGAACCUGGCAAAAGAACGGCCGGACUGUACUGCUUGAAGGUCAGGCUCCGUGGUAAGUCGAUCAUGGAGUCGCUCGAUGCAAACAGUAUCGUUGUGCUAUUCCGUUGAACAUUGAACGCAGAUGCCAUCCGCAGUCCGUAUCCAUGACCUUCCUGUCAUAGACUGACAGUGAGGUGAGGCUGCUAAAUCGACAAAAAAGUGCCCACUUGCACAGCAGACAUAUAUGAUCUGUC